GGUAAAAUCGGAUGAACUUAUUUGUGAGUAUGGCGACAGAUUGUUGGAGAAGCAUGGGAGUGAUCCAUCCAAAGAUGGCUAUGUAAGUCAGAAAAUGAGGGAGUUGGGGAGAUUUGUGAUCGCUGCAAAGGCACUAAACACAAAGGUGAAAAAACUUGAGGAUAUCUUAGUUCCACCAAUGUUCAAGUUUGCUGUUGAUGCAGCUAAAAAGGCAUCUGGCUACACUAAAUCAAAAUAUCGCUAUGAUCGACCAUCUCUUGCUGUAAAACUAGGACACUCUCUAAAGACAGUUGGUGAUAUCAUGAUAGGUAAUUACGUAAAAGCAGAAGACGAGGUAGGUGCAAACAGGGUGAGGAGCUUCCUUGGGUUAGUGAGCUCAGAAUGGAACCACUAUGUCUCACAUCGUGCAAGGACAAAUCUGGAAGAAAACAAGUGGAACAAAAAGGAAAUGAUUCCUCUCACUGAAGACGUAAUUCAACUUCAAAAAUAUCUGAAGUCCAUGGAAAAAAAUGCCAGAGAGAAACUGAUGGAAGGUCCUGAUCCCAAAGCUUACAGCAUGCUAAGUGAAACCAUCCUCUCACAAAUUAUACUGUUUAACCGGAGGCGCCAAGGCGAGGCAGCUAAAAUGCUACUUGAAACAUAUGAGACCAAAAACAUGGAGGCACUAAAUGAGGACGUUAUGCAGUGCUUGUCAAAAUUGGAACGGGACCUGAGUAAUGACUUCACAAGAGUUGUGAUAAGAGGAAAAAGAGGUCGAAAAGUACCAGUGCUGCUUACCAGAGAGAUGACGAAAUCACUGGAUUUUCUCAUUGAGCACAGGAUGCAGGAAAAUGACAUUCUUGUCACCAACAAAUAUGUCUUUGCAAGAACAAAUUCAGACUCCCAUAUAAGAGGUUCCGACUGUCUGCGAAAAUUUGCAAAUCUGUGUGGUGCAAAAUAUCCUGAGACCCUGACCUCCACUCAACUAAGGAAGCACAUAGCAACUCUCUGUCAAAUAAUGAACCUAAAGGAUCAUGAGUUGGAUCAGGUGGCAAAAUUCAUGGGCCAUGAUAUUCGUGUUCAUAGAGAGUAUUAUCGCCUAACUGAGAACACACUCCAACUGGCAAAAAUGAGCAAACUGCUUAUGGCGAUAGAAUGUGGAACUGCUGUCUAUAAAGGGAAAUCUCUUGAUGAGAUUGACUUUGAAUUAGAGGUGGCUUUAUCUAACAAACACAACCAAGGGCGCACUUCAGAGCGUAUCAUGGUGGAGGCAUCUCCUAGGCAAGAACAAGAUGAGCUAUCCAGAAGCCAGAAGCAGAGACCUGAUCCAGAUGAUCCUUCUGAUGCAGACCAAGACUCGGAUGAGCUAUCCAGAAGCCAGAAGCAGAGACCUGAUCCAGAUGAUCCUUCUGAUGCAGACCAAGACUCAGAUGAAGGACCUGGCACACACACAAAGGCUAAGGUCAAGAGGUCAUCCAAGGCUGAGAGAAACGGUUCUACUGUGCAGAAGAAGACUCAAAGAAGGCCCUGGAGUAAUUUGGAAAAAAAAGCAGUUUGGCGGCAACUUGGAAAUUGCAUAACUUUGAUGAAAGUUCCUGGUAAAGACAAGUGCAUAGAGUGCAUAGAUGCAGAACCAGCACUUCAGAGCAGACACUGGAGAGAUAUAAAGAAUCAUGUACAUAAUACCAUUGAAACUAGAAAAAAGAAGCUAUCACGCAGUUAACUUAGCAUGUUUGUUCUUCAUCUACAUUACUUUUUGCACACAGAUGCAAGUUCAAGUGCUGUUAAAUGUGUGAAAAUGUUCAUUUUUGUUAUUUCACCUUUUCAUAGGAACAAUAUUGGCUCCGGUAUGUCUCAUAUUAUAAAGUUGCAUAUGUAUGACACGCCAAUUUGUAUGCCAUUUUGGCGUGUUAUCAAGACGCAUAAUCGCUUUUUAGUGCGUUUAUCAACGCAAUUCGCCUGCCAUUGACUUACAUUACGAGUGAAUUUUCGCCGUAGCGAGUAGCAUAAAGGGACAUAAGUCCGCAGAGGGAGGGAGGGACUUUCACCCAGGAGAGCUGGGAUCACGUCCCGCGUGUGGUGAUUUUCAACCGUUCUUAUUUUUUUAUUUUUUAAGCCUUCCCCAAUGUUUCUUUCCUAAACCCAACCGUUUAUUUUUUUCCUAAGCGUCUUUUUGUCGUUUUCUUUCCGUGUGUUUGUCGCUUUUUUACUGUGUGUUACUAAAGCCUUUCCCUAAACCCAACCUUUUUGUUUUUUCUUUCUUUCUUUUUUUUUUUUUAUUUUUACACGCGUGACGUUCUUGCGAUAGUACGUCAUGUUCUCAUGAUAACACGCAACAUGGCGACGCCACGUGGUGUGUCUGUUUACAUCUGCUGUAUACAGCGUAGACAUGCACGUGGAUAGCUCAGAAUGCGUACAGAUAACACGCCAUUUGGCUUUAGGAAAGUGGUGUGUAUGUUUACGCAAAGUCAUGAUGCCAUGUUGGUCUCCUGACUUGUUUUGUUGAAGCUGAAAUUCAGCAAUGUUUAAUGAGGCCUGAAAGGUAUUUUAAAAUCCUUGCAUUUAAUGUAAAAGUAGGUGUCGGUGCUCUGUUACAAUUUCUUACCCGGCUCGUUGCAGUGUACUUUUGUAAAGCCAAAAUUUGCUUUUACAGAAUAAAUUAUCUGCUGAUUUAUUAUUUUGGAGUUUGUGUUGUGAUGGAGGUUAGAGCUUUCAUCUUAGCUGAGGUGACAGUCCUGAUGGAUGAUUUACUACAUGACCCAAUAAGGCUUAUAAUAAUUAAUUUGAAAAUGGCUAGUUCACUCAACUGAUAUAAUUAAGAAAUACUUAAAUUGACUCUUGUCUGUGGCAUCGGUCAUCAAUGUAAAUCAUUUUUAAAUCAUAUUCUUAGUCACUUUCCUCCGAUUUGAAAAAAAUUCAUAAUGAUAAGGUAAAUUUGUUUGAGUUGAACUAACCCAUCCAGUUGACAGGGUCUAGUAUGUGUGCAAUACUAACGGAUAAAGAUCAGACUCAAGUACCAAGUACAUAGCAUUACAGUAAUCAAAGCGAGACCUGAGAAAUACAUGGACAAUAGUUUCUGGGUCAGCUAUACUUAUUGUGGGCCAAAAUAUAUGGUAGUUAUGAAUAUGUCUAGCUAUGAGUUUAUCAAAUCAUAAAAUAAUUAAAAAAUCAUUUGUCAUACACUGAUGAUCAUUGCAUACUAAAAUUUAAUUUGUUUUAAAAUGAUCAGAUGAGGUAGAUAGCUACUUCCAACACUGCUGUAGUGUUGACAGCAGCUUAAGGCGAGACACGGCACUGGUCACUGGUUCGCUGGUCAAUUUUGAGAUUUUGGGCUAUUUGUCUUCAAUAACAUGUAUUCUUUCAGA